UAUGAAUAAGAAUUUAAAGCAAUAAAUAGCACAAAGUUUCAUACCAGAAACAAAAGCCAGACCAAAACGUUCAAUACUUUUUCCCUGUCCUCCUCCUCCUGUUCUGUUCUCAUAUCUGUAUUCUCUCCUUCCAUGGAGGAUUUCAGAUCUAAAUCUUAUAGAGAACGUGGGAUGCAGAUGGAGGUUUACUAUGGAGACAAAGCAGGUCCAACAAGCAUGCAAGAUCUGAGGUGUUACAGUGCCAAUUAUGCUGGUUCUUGUGCUAAUUCACAGCCAAACCAAAUUGUUAAGGAGUUGAAGAUCAAGAAAGGGAAAAGCAGUAUUGGGUCAACAUCAAAGAGUUGGAGUUUCAAUGACCCAGAGUUGCAGAGGAAGAAAAGGGUUGCUGGGUAUAAGGCUUAUUCUCUGGAGGGGAAGAUGAAAGGGUCUCUGAGAAAGAGCUUCAGAUGGAUCAAGAACACUUAUACCCAAGUAAUCUAUGGCUGGAGGUGAUUCAUGGUUAUUUUUGUCUUUUUCCUUUUAAAAGAUGAAACCUAAUCUGGUUUUGAGGUUCAGCUCUGGUUUUUGCUUUUAACUUCUUUGUGUGAAACUGUGAAGCUGGAAUGUGUGUUUGUGAAUCACCUUGAAUACCAUAUUGGAACAUAUUAAAAAUCUUAUACUAAAAUUUCAAUCUUGUUUGUGGA